AAUCUAAACAGCCCUUCAACAGCGUAAGAGUUUUAAGGAAAACGAAGCAACACCAACAAAAACAACCGAAAACAGCACUCAAAAUGUUGAUGUCAAAACGUUUAGUGAGCUCAUUCCUGUUUGUCUGUAUCAGUAUUCUGCUGUGGCAGCAAAGCUCCGCUGAUGUGCCGGAUAACAACGCACUCGCCAACUUAUACAACAGUUUGCUGCAACGCGAAUAUGCCGGUCCCAUUGUUUUCCCCAACCAUCAGGUCGAACGCAAAGCUCAACGUUCGCCUUCGUUGCGACUACGUUUCGGUCGUCGCAGCGAUCCGGAUAUGUACUUGCCCGCCGAGAAACGUUGGUUUGGUGAUGUAAAUCAGAAGCCAAUACGUUCGCCAUCAUUACGUUUACGUUUCGGUCGUCGCAGCGAUCCCAGCAUGCCACUGCAUAGCGAAUUCGAUGCUGUCAUGAACGAUUUGGCUGGUGUGAGCAACAAUGGUGGCAUAACUGAUGUCGAAGAAGCGGCUGCCUUUUACGGUGACGAGUACCCUGAAGAUAUGUAUGACGCUGGUUUUGAGCGUAUGGUACGUAAGCCUCAGCGUUUGCGUUUCGGCCGCAGCUUGCCAAGAAUCCAGAAUAAUAUCGAUGAUGAAUUAGAGCACGAACAACUUCAACAGACCGAUGAUUUCUUCAACUCCCUCUUAACUUCAGAAAAAUUGCACAAUAUGUUGCUCUCACUCCGUCAAUACGAUUCUGACAAUGACGAAUUCCAACGUGAAGUACGCAAACCAUCGCCUCUCCGUUUGAGAUUUGGCCGCAGCGCCGCCGGUGAUACUAAUGAACAGAAGAAGGUCACUGCACAAAAUGCCAUUAAUGGUGAAAAAUCUGCGCCAGCAACACAACAACAACCACAGCAAGCACAAGCUAAAAAUUAAAUGCUGAAUAUUUAAAAAAUAUAAAAACAAAAACUAUAUAAUUGGCAAAGGCAGAAAAACUCACUGGCGCUGACGAUGUAUUUCGGUGAAUGGAAAUUUUAACCCAUAAAAAAUAUAUUAAUUUAAUAUUAAUACAUAUUAACAUACCCCCAGAGAAAUGUGCGCAAUAUUGUUAUAACUUAACCUUGUAACCAUGCAUACAUAUGUGUCCAUAAACUUUAAUGUUAAAUAAAAAUAUUUAUGAAAAUA